AUUAAAUUGUUCCUCUUUCAUUUUGUCUAUUAUGAUCACAAAUGCAAAAAUUUUACUGUUAAAAGUGGUUCAGUACACUCAAAUCAUGAUACUGCAGUAUAUCAAAAUUUAAUAUGUAGGCAAUAUUUUCUCAAUUAGCAUCCAAUGUGAGGUUAUUCUCUUAAGGACACUAUAAAAAAAAAAGGCUUAUUUCAUUUUUAUUCUGUGAAAUGAUUGGCUUCUUUUAUUCAUGCUUUUAGAUUGUCAAUGCACUUUCGAAUACGCGUUUUCCUUGAAUAAUUGAAUCUCAAACUGAUGUUGAAAAAAUAAGAAUGAUGUUAUUAUUAUUUAUUUUAUUCUUUUAUCACAUUCUACUAUGGCCUUAAAAAGAAUUCAAAAGGAAUUAUCAGACUUGACUAAAAACCCACCUGCUGGUAUUAGUGCAGGUCCUAUUGAAGAAGAUUUAUUUCAUUGGCAAGGUGUAUUGACUGGACCUCAAGGGACACCUUAUCAAGGUGGUCAUUUUAAACUAGACAUCACUUUCUCUGCUGAUUAUCCUUUUAAACCACCCAAGAUCAAGUUUACUACCAAGAUUUACCAUCCCAAUAUUGAUGACGAUGGUUCUAUUUGUGUUGAUCUUUUGAAGCCAGAUAUCUGGAAACCUGCUACCAAAGUAGCUAAUGGUAAGCAUCUAUAUCUAUGAUAAACAAUGUACAUUCAUACAGCCUAGUUUUACAAGCACUUUCUGGUUUAUUGCAGACACCUAAUCCUGAUGAUGCACUUGUUGCUUCUAUUGCUGAAAUGUACAAUAGUAACAGACCAAAGUUUAACAAAAUUGCAAAGGAAUAUGUAGAAAAGGUAAGAUAUUUAUGUAUAUAUAUAUAAAGAACAAUAAGGGAACUCAUGUUGUGUGUGUGUAUUAUUAGUAUGCAUCUACUCCUUAAUCAU